UUAGGGGAGAUGGGGAACUGAACCAGACAUUGUUAGCAGGUCCCCUCUGCGCUGAAGGGUCUUACACCUUACCCAGAGUUUCCCCACUGACUGUGACCCUCUACAAAUACCCUGGUUUGGAAGGAACCAGGGUUUGGGUUUUUUGUUUUGUUUUUAUUUUUUAAUGAGGUUUUUCUUUUUUUUUUAACAUGGAUAUUAGGGGGUGAAACAAGGGGAAUUUUUAAGUUAAAAAAAAGACCAUGGAUAUAUUGAUUUUAGGCAAAUCCUGUAAUUCUGCACUAUUCUUUACACUAGUUAUAUAAUCUGAAGAAAAUGAUUCAAAAAAGUUUCUUGAUUUCUAUUCCAAAUGAGAAAGAUGCAAUCAUAAAUACUUGGGCCAUUAGUACAGUAUUAGUACAGGUGGCAUUUGGUGACUAUAUCUCACUCUUUUGAGGAUUUUCAGACUCACUGAUCUUCUGACCUUCCCUUACCUUAGUCUCUAUUUAUAGGACUGUCUGACCUGAGAACCCUUAGUCCUUGGAAUUUAGGAUUUCUCCUUAGCUCUUCCAGUCCUUCUUGGUUAUAGUUCUGCCUACAUUGACUUCACAAUUUGGAUGUAACAGCAUUUUUUUACUUAAGGUUAAUAGUUUUGAGACUCCACUGAUACCAAGAAGGUUAUAGUUUCCAUUUCUGGCUCAUAGGAGAAAUAGCAGUGAGCCAAGAGAUAAUAAAAGAGGCUGUCUCAAAUGUGCCAGUACCCGAGAAGCUCCCACCAGCCGCACCUGCUCUCUCUGCCAGCCUCAAAGGGCCUUCAUUUGGAGCUGGCUUCGGACAGUAGAGGAAAAGCCUUUUCAUUCACUUAAAAGCACGCAGCCAGGAAAAUCACAUUAGUGGCUGAAUGGAGGAUGGACUGGAAGAGAUUUGCAGAGCCUUCAGCAGGUUACCAUAACAGUCAUAGCAUAAAGUGAUGAGGGCCUGUACCAUGUCUGAAGAGACGGAAGCCUUCUGUUACAGUGUCAGAAUGAUGAAAUCUACAGACCUUGGCAACGGAUUAGAAGUGGAGACUGAAAGAAUAAAGAUUUAAAGAUAAAAUUGCUAUUUCUACCUCCUCUAUAAGCACAUCCAGGACUGUGAGUCUAACCCAAGAACCCCCUGGAGGAGAUCCAUAACAACUCAAAAGAGUUGGGCCUAAUCAUCCACACAGGAAAAGACAAGAAAAGAUCAACAUCAGAUGACAGCAAACUAUGAGACCUACCUCCUUAUGGCUAAUACACAGAAUGACAUGGAAGAAUGGCUAAAGACUAUUCGCAGAGUCAUUUGGGCACCAUUUGGUGGAGGUAUUUUUGGACAGAAACUGGAAGAAACCAUCCGCUUUGAGAAGAGAUAUGGGAACUUCCUGGCACCCAUGUUAGUAGAACAAUGUGUGGAUUUUAUCCGACAGUGGGGACUAAAGGAAGAAGGUCUAUUUCGACUUUCAGGCCAGGCUAACCUUGUGAAAGAGUUGCGGGAUGCUUUUGACUAUGGAGAGAAGCCUUCUUUUGACAGGUCUUUAUAUGAAUCUUUUCAAUUAAUCUGUAUUUUACAAUGUGCAAUUUUACAGGGCCAAUGGCCCAAAAAAAGAGUGCAUCACUUCACUGAAAAGUAUUUUAAAUAUUCUGACUCCAGUAACACUGAUGUGCACACAGUGGCUUCGCUUCUCCAAUUAUAUCUCCAAGAACUUCCAGAACCAAUCAUUCCUUUUGCUAAGUAUGAAGACUUUCUGUCCUGUGCCAGUUUACUCAUUAAAGAAGAAGAAAUGGGGGUUAAGGAACUAGUGAAGCAGGUGAAAAAUUUGCCAGUGAUUAAUUAUAAUCUUCUCAAAUACAUAUGCAGCUUCUUGAAUGAAGUCCAGACCUACUCAAGUGUUAAUAAAACAAGCAUGCAGAACCUGGUCACUGUCUUUGGUUCUAGUAUUCUGCGUCCCAAAGUAGAAGACCCUAGAACUAUUAUGGAGGGAACUGUUGCAGUCCAACAUUUGUUGUCAGUGAUAACUGCCAAACACAAGCAACUUUUUCCCAAAGAUUCGCUUCAGGCCAAGCACCCAAAGGUCCUGGGUGACAAUAACAAUAAAAUUCAUAGGAAAUCAGUGAUUGACCAACGACAGAAUCAGACCAAGGACACAGCAAGCAUCAGGCGCUCUUGGGAGAAGCUAGAGUGCCCUCGGAGAGUUAGCCCAGACAACGGGUCCCUCCUCACUCCGCCAGGGACCAAGGCCAAUAGUCCAUCGAAUAGUGCACCGAGAUACGACAUCUCCCGGAGUCCGGCUCUCACGGUUAAGAAAAAUCCCGCCUUUAACAAAGGCAGCGGCAUAGUCACCAACGGCUCCUUCAGCAGCAGCACUGCCGAGAGUAACGAGAAAGCGCAGUACGCUUCCAAUGGCUGCUUGCAGGCCCGGAGAACUUCUUCCCUCAAAGGGGCAGGGACCAAAAUGGGGACGUGCAGCGUGCAGAACGGGGGGGUCCGCGGGGGCCUUUUGAGCUCGGACGCUCUCGCAAACACCGUCCGCAGCCCCGGCACAAGCUGGCCGUGCGGCGGCCCGGUGACCCUGAGGGACAGCAAGCAGAAAGACCCAGUGGGGGACUUGGACCAGCCCAACAGACUCUCCACCUAUGACAACGUGCAGCAGCAGUUCUCCACCGUGAACUCCGAAGACACCUGGUCUGUCUCCUUGGGCGAAAUAUCCUUCUCUGACAAUUCCACCUCCGGGCCGGAUCCUGACUUCGGAGGGGCAAACUGUGAAGAUCCUGUGUUGGAGAGAUCUUCCCUGGACGAGCCCUCAUACUCUGGGAAUUAUGAAAAUCAGACCGAGAAGAGGAGUGUGGGAGAUCACAGGAGCCAUGCUUCCAGCAGCGGGGACCUCUCUGAAACCAGCAACCCUAAUGCCCUGCACAGCCUUGUUUCUUGCCUUAAAGAGGAGAUAAAUAAACAGAAAAUAGAAUAUGAAUCCAGGAUAAAGAGUUUAGAGCAACGGAAUUUGACCUUGGAAAUGGAAAUGAUGACACUCCAUGAGGAAUUGGAUCAAGAGAGGAAAAAGUUCACAAUGGCAGAGAUCAAAAUGAGAAAUGCUGAGAGAGCAAAAGAAGAUGCAGAGAAAAGAAAUGAUAUAUUGCAGAAAGAAAUGGAGCAAUUUUUUUCUACAUUUGGGGAACUGACAGUGGAACCCCACAGAACUGAAAGAGACAAUACUAUCUGGAUCCAAUGAGCUUUCUCUGUUGUGUGGGUUGGCAUUCUUGGAAAGAAUUGCAAUGGGAAUAUUACACCAUAUUAUAUUCUGAUAACCUAACUGAUAAAAGCAUUCAGCACUAUAAAUCCUGGAAAGAGAAAAAAAUACAGUAUUUUAAAUCAUCUAGUCUUUCAAAGUAAACUAAUCAAAGCUGAGCUAUACUCCUGAAUGCUCCAACAAGCUAUCAUCAACUAUUAAAAUUUGAUAUAUAUAGUCAUUUCUUUUAAAGUCAACUAGAAUUGAAAGCUGUAUUUAAACUGGCAAAUCAACUGCAAUUUCUAUCAAGCUUUCUUACAAUGCACAAUUUUUGGAAUUAUGUUUCAUUGAUUUAUUUUGCAGCUCAGAAGUUUUUGUUACUUGUUUUGCUAGGAAAUAAAGAUGAGAAUACUAUAUUUGUGCCUUUUCAUACACAUGUAAAGUGAUUAAAAGUCAAGAGAUAACUUGUGGUUGUACAAUUUGACCAUGAACAAAAAAUUGUGUAAAUAAUUUAAUAAAAUAUAAUCUGUAUGAAAAACCUUGGGGUUAUCUUAAUGUUUUAAUCAAUUUUAAAAAAAAAUCAACAAACUUUUACCAACUCAUCCUCUGUGGAAAAAGAUAAGGAAAUAAAAAGAUUUAAAAGAAAGAAAAACAAGUUCUCACAUUGGCUAUAACCAAAAAUUGUAUGCCUCAAUUUGCCUUCUGAUUCCUUCACUUCUCUUUCAAGUGAUAAGUAGUACUUUUCAUCAUGAGUUUUCUGGAAUAUUGUGAGUUGCAUCAAUCAGAGUUCCCACACCUUUCAAAGGUGUUUGCCUUUAUAAUGUUAUUGUAAUAAUUUUUUUCUUGGGUCUAUUAAU